AUGCGUGUCGCCGCGGUCGGUUGCCGAGUGCGCAAAUGGCCUGGUCAUGGAGUUUUCGGUCAUUUGCCUGAUCCUCCGAAACGAGUCGUCGAUUUAACAGGCGGUGUCACCGCUGAUAACGCACAAAGAGUUCAUCUGAUUAACGCAUUUCGCCGAUAUGGCUAUCUUGAAGCCCAGCUUGAUCCAUUGGAUUUGCGUCAAGUCGAGCCGUGA